GCGGGGCGGCGAUUUUAGUUUUUCGUCGACGAUUCGUGGCGCUUGUGGUUUACACAAAACCACGACGCAUUACAGCCACAAGGCUCCUUGCCUCCUCCCUUAACGAGAAUUAACCUCUGUACCAGAAGCGAGACAGAGACAUAGAGAGAGAUGAGAUUCCAAAAAACGGUAGCGUUUGGGUUUCCCCAGAUAAAAAACAAAGCAGCGCCAUUUCUGUUUCAAUAUCAUGCCUCGCGUUCCUUCUCCUCACAGCUUCAGUCAGGGCAGAAACGACGGUCCUCUUUUGGAAUCGCCUUUGAUAUCGAUGGCGUUAUUCUUCGUGGUAAAGAUCCCAUCGGCGGCUCUCCUCAAGCUCUGCGUAGAUUAUACGGAGAUUCUGGAAACUUGAACGUUCCCUUUUUGUUCCUGACAAAUGGAGGUGGCAUUCCGGAAUCGAGGAGAGCUAGUGAGUUAAGCGAACUGCUUGGAGUAAAGAUUUUACCUUCUCAGGUUUUACAGGGUCAUUCACCUUUUAAAAGUUUAAUGGAAAGGUGGUGUUGUCAAUUGUGCCUUUCCCCCCCUGUUUUUUUGCUUCCCCUCAGAUACGAGAAUCAACUCAUUGUUGCCACUGGAAAAGGAGAACCUGCUGUAGUAAUGUCUGAGUAUGGUUUCAAAAAAGCUGUAUCCUUGGACGAGUAUGCUUCCUGUUUUGAAAACAUUGAUCCUCUGGCUCAAUACAAAAAGUGGACAACUAAGCAGGGGUUGGAUAGGAGCAGUCUGCCCCUGAAUACAGUGCCGAGAUAUGAUGUUUCUUCUGAAACAGUUAAGGCGGUAUUUGUUGUUAGCGAUCCUGUAGAUUGGGGCAGGGACAUUCAGGUUCUCUGUGAUGUUUUAAGAUGUGGAGGUCUUCCUGGACAGGAGAAUGGGCAUCAGCCCCAGCCUCCUCUAUAUUUUGCCGCUGAUGAUCUCGAAUACCAGGCUGCGUUUCCUUCUAAUCGACUUGGAAUGGGUGCUUUCAGAAUUGCUCUGGAGAGUGUCUUCAACAGAAUUCACUAUAAUCCACUGGAGUAUGUUUGUUUUGGGAAGCCUGAUCCAUUUGUAUUUAAGAAUGCUGAAGCUAUGUUGAAGCAACUUCAGCCAUCUUAUCAUAGUGAUAAUUUUAAGGAACCUGGAGAUUCUGGGUUACAGUCAUUCAAAACUCUCUAUAUGAUUGGUGACAAUCCUUCAGUUGACGUUAAAGGUGCACAACAGGCAGGACAUCCUUGGUUUUCUAUCCUAACAAGGACAGGUGUUUUCCGCGGGAAACAUAACCAUGCAGAGUUUCCUGCAGAUCUGGUUAUUGAUACUGUUGAAGAGGCAGUGGACUAUAUUCUUGAAAGGGAGUGUAUUUCAUAGACGUUCUGUGACGCAACAUGCUCCAUUUUUCCUUCAGAAUCAAUCCAUUCAAAACCUUUAUUUUAGAAAUCAAUAAAAGAAAGUUUUGAAGCUCUUUUCUACAUAUAAAAAAAAGUUUUAAGCCUGAGAUUCGCAGAAAUCAGCAUCUGAUUCCUGAUGCCAUGGCUCUCUGCUUGGCGUGCUGUCGCAACUAUGUGAGUGAUCUGGAAAAUACUAUGACCAUUUCAAAGAGAGACGAUAUAUUUGUCGCAUGAUUUUUUUUUUUAA